CCCUAUAGAUCGCAGCAGAUGAGGCUGCUGGCUGAUCCCAGGCCUGCUCCACUACAUGCAUGCAAGCGGACGUGCGUCGCAUAGUGGAGACGCCGCUGCUCACAUGCACCGACAGAUUCGUCCUGACGCUCCCACCUCUGCGCGCCUCCGACCUCCGCUCCAGCUUUCGCAAACCGCAUCGCGUUUUAGCGGCGCCUUAACGAUUCCGUGGAUGCGUAAUUAUUGCGCCAUGCUGCCGCACAGCACCGUCUGCCGCUUUGUUCCUCAACGCGAACGGGAGACCUCCGCCAUCGGUGCAAAGUGAGAUGUGCUUUCCGAGCCGCCCGUCUGCUGAACGGAUGCCUUCCGACAUGGUGAAUAAAGCCGAGCCGCCCUGCCUCGAUUCAGCGGAGAUCAGGAGAACAGACAGACGCGCUUUUUGCACCGGACACUUGUGAGAUGAAGGACAAGAAGAAAAAACGAGAUCUGAAAUGAUUUUUGUUUGCUUUUGGAGGGGAUUACAGCACAUCGGGAUGGAGUAGGGUGGCUUUUUUUGUUGUUGUUUUUGUUUUCUGUUACAGGGGCGGCGGAUCGUGUUGAUUUUCCAUUCAGACCUGGCAGGAUACUAGCGCCCGUCGAUGAAUUGAUGUGGGAAUACGCGCUCCCUCGGCUGCAUAGAUGGCGAACACAAGCGAGUUUGGGGAGAGCAGCGCGUCCUUACAGAACUACGCGUCCACGGCCUCUGCGGUCAAGCUGGCCUCCCUGGGUCUGAUCAUGGGCAUCAGCCUGCUGGGCAACGCGUGUCUGUCGCUGCUGCUGCUGAAGGACAGCUCCCUGCACAAGGCUCCCUACUAUUUCCUGCUGGACCUGUGCCUGGCGGACGUGGUGCGCUCCGCCGUCUGCUUCCCCUUCGUGAUGGCAUCGAUCGGCGGCGGCUCGUCGUGGCCGUACAGCGCGCUCAGCUGCAAGAUCGUCGCCUUCAUGUCGGUGCUCUUUUGCUUCCACGUCGCCUUCCUGCUCUUCUGCGUCAGCGUCACCCGGUACAUGGCGAUCGCCCACCACCGCUUCUACUCCAAGCGGAUGAAUCUGUGUACGUGCGUGGCGGUGAUCUGCAUGGUGUGGACGCUCUCCGUGGCCAUGGCGUUCCCGCCGGUGUUCGACGUGGGCACCUACAAGUUCAUCCGUGAGGAGGAGCAGUGCAUCUUCGAGCACCGCUACGUGAAGGCGAACGACACGCUGGGCUUCAUGCUCAUGCUGGCCGUGAUCGUGGGCACGACGCAUGUGGUUUACAUCAAGAUGCUUUGCUUCGUCUACGACCACCGCAAGAUGAAGCCGGCCCAGCUGGUCCCGGCCAUCAGCCAGAACUGGACCUUCCACGGCCCCGGGGCCACCGGGCAGGCCGCCGCCAACUGGAUCGCCGGCUUCGGACGCGGACCGACGCCGCCGACGCUGGUGGGCAUCCGGCAGGCUUCUCACCCCGGCAACAGGAGGCUGCUGGUGCUGGACGAGUUUAAGAUGGAGAAGCGCAUCGGGAAGAUGUACUACAUGAUCACGCUGACCUUCCUCAUCCUGUGGGCUCCGUACAUCAGCGCCUGCUAUCUGAGGAUAUUCGUGCGCGGCUCCCCGGUGCCGCAGCUCUACCUGACCUCCGCGGUGUGGAUGAGCUUCGCCCAGGCUGGAGCGAACCCCAUCAUCAGCUUCCUGUUCAACAAGGAGCUCCGCAUGAGACUGAGAGCCUGUUUCCCCUGCUGCCUGGGAACACAGACUCCCAUGGAGCCAUACUGUGUCAUCUGAACCGCAGUGGCCCUGAAAAAUACUGCCAAAGACUAAUUUACAUCUUAAUCCAGAAUGUACACAGAGAGCUCCCAUACAUGUUUGUACAGAGGGGUUGUUGUGCCAUAAAGGGAUCAUCUGUCAAAAGGGGAUUGCAGUCUGUUGGAGCAGAUAUCAUUUGGUCACCAAUCCAGUUGUUUUUACUAGAUGAAAUAUCACAAAACAGACUUAUUUCACUCCAAUAAUGCAGUUUUACUGUUGCCAAUUUGUGAGUGUCGCCCCAACAUUUGACAGAUCUCGUUCCUGAGGCUACAUUUUAGGGAUGAAAGCUGAAAAGAUCAUUGCAAAAAAGACCAUUUCUUCAUUUCUUAUAUUAAAAAGCAUCAAGAAAUCAAGUUAGCUGCAGUCUGAAAAUGACGCACCAUGGACUAAACAUUGGGGGGAAAACUCUAUAGUAUUGCACAGAACACAUCCUAAAUGAGGUCUGAUUUCAAUGUAAACUUUAAAAAAGCUUCACAAAAGACAAGACUUUUGCUUUGGUCACAGACAGAAAAUUGGGUAUCUGAAUGUUAUGAAUCAGAAUUAAGAGUCAAAGUGUGCCAAGUUCUACAGUGAAGUCCAACAUUUAUUGUGGAAAAUUUCCAGUGAGUUAAAUGAGUAAGACUUGAUUCAUAUAAAAGCAGCGGUCUACUUACAGAAAACUGCACAAAACAGCUUCAUCUUGAAUCAGUUUUUGGCAGACGAUUGCUUUUUGGCACAACGGGUGGACCAACCUCAGUUUACUUGCAUUUUUAUUUGUGGCAAAAGAUUCAACCACAGCUUUUACUGUGAUGUAAAUUCAUGUUUUUAUCAUCUGAAUCAGAAGCUAUGAGGCAUAUCAUGGUAGGCAAUGAAGCAUAAAGUGAUAUUUUCAUAAAAAUGUCAUAUUUGAGGUUUUCUGCCACACCAGCAAGGCAUCAGGACCAAGACACCUUUUAAUUUCUGCCUCUGCAUGUACUUCAGAUGGCGUUCAUUCCAAUUAUAGGUCAUAGCACAUGUUAUGUCCUACCUUUGGAGACUUUAUACGCCCCAAUCUAAGCCUCAUGACUAUUUCAUCCUUUUUUAAUGGUCCACUAUACUGUAUUUUACAUGAAUGUCACUUUGGCUAUUUGUUUGUAUAUUUUAAAAUUCUAUUCCAACAUUUGAGGUUGUUUACCCACAGAAACGCUGCAGAACUAUUUUAUCAGCCGACUGGACUUUACCUGUGACAUAUUGAAUCAUUUGGAUACCACAGUUGAGAUACCCAGAUCUCAGUAUAUUUUUAAUGAAGGUAAUGUCACAUUUGUAAAUAUUGUAAAGACUCCCACCUCACCCCCUCCCCCUCUCUGCUUUUUUUAACCAGAUAUGUUGUAUAUUUCAUAAUCUCUUUAGAAUUCUACGUGUUGGACAAAGUGUUAAAACUCACUUUCAAAGUAUUUUGCAAAAAAAUUCUUAUUCUUGUUCAUGGGUUGUGUUGAGAAAUGGGCGGAGUCACAUUCCCUGCAGGGUACAUUGCAGAUGGCACUCUUUUUCUUGGGAUGUGGACGCUGGGACUCUAAAAAUUGUGAACAAUUUGGUGCUUUGGAAAAGGAUGUUUGCAUUGUUUGUAUUUCUUAGCAAAUAAAUAAGAAAUGGAUGAUAAGUUGUUUGGACUCUAUCAUCUGUUUUUAACAAGA